AUGGACGACAUCCCGCAAGAAAUCAACAUCCUCACCCUCAACUGUUGGGGCCUGAAAUUCAUCUCUCGCCUGCGCCACGAGCGCGUCGCCGAGAUCGCCCGCCAGAUCACCCUGCUCGAUCCGCAACCGCACAUCGUUGCUCUCCAGGAGCUCUGGACGCAGGAGGACUACGACACGAUCCGCCGCGAGACGCGCAGCGUGUUGCCCUACGCAAAGCGCUUCCACAGCGCUGCAUUGGGUGCCGGCCUGGCCGUCUUCUCGCGCUGGCCCUUCGAGGAGACGACCAUGCAUCGCUACCCCCUCAAUGGCCGGCCGACUGCCUUCUGGAGGGGCGAUUGGUACGUCGGGAAGGGCGUUGCGUGCUGCAGGAUUCGAUAUGGGCCGGCACCGAAGCAUAUUAUCGAGUUGUUCAACACCCAUACCCAUGCGCCCUAUGACGACUCGUACCUGUGCCAUCGGACUGCUCAGUCCUGGGAGAUGGCGAAGCUAUUGCGUGGUGCUGCCGAGAGGGGCCAUCUUGCACUGGCGGUUGGCGACUUCAACAUGCUACCCAUGACGCUGCAGCACCAGAUCGUCACCUGCAUGGCUCCGGUGCAUGACGCCUGGCGUGUGCUGCACCCCAACAGCUCUCUCGGUCCGGCCGACGAUCCCCGCGAGAAGGCUCGUGGCUUGCCCGUCCCAACGGCCGAGUACAACCUGACCGAGAACGGCGCCUGCUCCAACAACGUCCUCAACACCUGGCGCUGGCCCAAAUGGAAGCAGCGCAAGCUGGGCCGCGGCAAGCCUCCUAUUGAGAUCGACCCCGAGACGCCUGACCCGCGUGGCCAGCGCCUAGACUACAUUUUCGCCGGCACCGGCGACCCGCAACUUCUCGGUGGCCGCUGGACCGUAACCAACGCCCGCGUAGCCAUGACCUCACGACACCCUGAACUCGGCUGCUCUCUCUCCGACCAUUUCGCCGUCUUCGCAACGCUUACCUUCCAACCGACCACCUCCCCGAACAGCGACACCUCUGCUCCCGCCCCCAUCGUCCCGGACCACUCCUCCAUCCACUCCCACGCUCACCAGCUCUCCCCUCCCCCCAGCUCCUCCUCCUCUUCCUCCUCCUCCUCCUCCUCAACCUCCUCCACCCACACCGACAACACCAACGCCCCGUCGCCAAAUAAACCCGGCGCCGCAACCUCGACCACGGAACCCGACGCCGCCUCUGCCCUGGCCGUCCCUGUCCCCUCCCUCCAACCAACCAUCACCGGCACCAGCAUACGUCCCACAACAGCAAACCCUCAGCCCCCCGCCCCGGGAGCCCCCUUCCCAACCCCGUUCGUCCCGACGCUGCCCUUGCAAGCCUACGACGACAUACUCUCCCUCAUAACAUCCUACACCAGGCGCGAGCGCACCCAAGCCCGUCUGCGGGCGCUGCACUUCCUUUUCUCUUUGUUUCUGGCGGGUGGAUGCUUAGCAGGCGUGUGGUUGACUGCAGCGAGGGACUGGCCGUAUGCAGCGUUUGUGCUGGCGUUGGCGUCGACGGUCGGGUUAGCGGCUGGGGUUGUGGACGGGUUGGUGGCGCUACUGUUUUUCGGGGGAGAUGAGAGGAGCGCGCUGAAGGAGUUUGAGUGGGAGGUGAGGCAUGCUCGGGCGAGGGCGGUAGGAGUGGAGGUUAGGGAUGAUUUCUAG